AUGUAUCCAUUCGCUCUCUGCCUAUUGGCCGCAGUGUCAUCUGUCUCUGCGUCAACUGCUCAGACAUGCAAGACUCUCGACGCCAAGAUCCCCGGCCGUGUCUCUUACCCAGACAGCACCGCAUACAAUGCUUCCAUCUCGUCCUACUACAGCGGCCAGGAACGGGAUUUAAAUCCCGGUUGCAUCUUCAGACCUACCAGCACUUCUGAGGUCUCUCAGUUUAUCAAGCUGGUGACUUCGAGCGGAAACACUCAGUUCGCCGUGAGAGGAGGUGGUCAUACCCUCUGGCCCGGCGCCGCCAAUGUCGAUGGCGGCAUUACUGUCGAUAUGCGUGCGAUGAACAGUCUAUCGUUGAGCGAAGACCACAAGAUUGCCCAUCUGGGAGCGGGAGCCGUCUUCAGUGACAUUUAUCCCCAGCUUACGCCCUAUAACCUGACUGUUAUGGGAGGUCGGGUCCCAGGCAUUGGGGCAGGAGGCUUCGUCACCGGUGGCGGCAUCACUUUCCUAUCCCGCAAACAUGGCUUCAGCUGUGACAACGUCUAUGGCUACGAAGUCGUCCUCGCUAGCGGCAAAGUUGUCUACGCCAGCCAGAGCUCCAAUUCCGACCUCUGGCUUGCCCUCAAGGGCGGAUCAAACAACUUUGGCAUCAUAACCCGCUUCGACCUUGCCGCCUUUCCCUUGGGCAACAUGUGGUACAGCGAUCUGAGUUACAAUUACACCGACAGCGUGUUGUCGGCCAAUGCCAAGGCCUUCAGCAAGUUUAUGAAGCCGGCCAACUACGACAGCGCCGCCAUGAUGGGCAUGUUCGUGUACUAUACGAACCAGGGCUUUGGCGUUUCGAAUGCCAUGUGGUAUGUUGAAGACGUUGCCAAUCCAAAGGUUUACGAUGCCUUCACCCAAAUCCCCAACCUAGGCGGCGUCUCGGAGCUUGCCACUGUUGACAAGGUCGUCAACGACUUCGGACAGAACCUUCCAGCAACUACCGGCCGGUCAUACCAACUCACCUUCACGUUCAACAACCCCCCUGCUUCCGUCUACCUGCAGCUGAUCCAAAUCUGGGAGAAACGCAUCACGGCUCUCUCAAAGGUCGAAGGGCUCUUCAUCGAGUUCCUCUUCCAACCCCAGCCUGUCACCAACGGCACCAACAUGUUUGGCCUGACCCCAGGAAAGACUGACUACGUGCUCAUCGACAUGACGGCCGCCUACGACAACGCGUCUGACGAUGCUCUGGUUGAGUCCGUCAUCAACGACAUUGUGAAGCAGCAGCGCGCACUGCUGAAGUCGAGUAAAUACCUUGUCGACUUCAUCUACCUCAACUAUGCCGACAUUUCGCAAAAUGUGCUGAGCACCUGGGGCGCCGGCAAUCUCGCGAAGCUGCAGGCCGUCAGCAAGAAGUACGAUCCAAAGGGUGUUUUCCAGACUAGAUCUCCUGGCGGUUAUAAGUUGUUUAAGAAAUGA